UUCAUUCAUUUUCAGCGCGCAAACAUUCGUUUUCUAGAAGAACCCUAUUUCUAAUAAUACUACUCUCUACAUACUAUAUCUUAUCAUUCAUUUAUCAAUCCGGCAAAAUGUUGGCAAAGCAGCAAACCGCAACCCUCCUAUACGCCGCCCUCUUCGGCUCUUCCCUCGUGCAGGCCGCGUUCCCGACCUGCAUCACGAGCUGUGUCCGACAGAAUGGCUGCCCUCCCACCGACGUGGACUGCAUGUGCAAGAAGGUUAGCGGCAACUUUUUGUCCGACGUCGUGGUGUGCAUGAACCAGUGGUGCUCGUCCGACACCACUCUCGCGGAAUUGGUCGGCCCCAUUCAGUCCAACUGCGACAUCCCCAAGUCCGCCCUCCAGGCCGCCGAGAGCAAGGCUGGCUUCGAUACGGGCUCUAUCUCUGACUCUGACUCCGAUUCUUCUUCCUCUGACGAGAAGCCUACUUCUACUGGUGGAUCAUCCACCGCGAAGCCUUCGGUCAUCAUGGGCGUUGGCUCACCUAACAAGAUCGACGGUCCUAGCUCGUCUACCUCGGGUCCGGCGCCUACUGGCAGCGCUACCAAGGGCUCUGCCUCUAGCGUCGUUUUGUCUGACACCACUGCUGUUGCCGGCCCAGCUCCCACUGCUUCCGAGUCUCUCCUAGUCGCUGCUACCACGCUUACUUCCAGCGCUGCCGUCAGCACCUCUACUGGUAGCUCUUCCAGCUCUACCUCUACCUCCAGCUCCAGCUCCAGCUCCAGCUCAGACGACGAGGAUUCGAGCGCCCAGGGUUCUGACGGUACACUCGGCAGCGCCCCCUCUGGCGACUCUACGGAAAAAGGCUCUGCCUCCAGCAGCCAAGCCUCUCUUCUCGCUGCUGUCCUAGCCGUCGGUGCCGCCAUGGCUUUCGGCUGGUAGUCGUCAGCCAGCUAGCCAGUCUAGCAGCGGUUCUUACUGGCAUAGGGGCCGCGCAAACACGAUACUAUUUUUUCCAUUCUAAGUGUACGUAUUGCGUCAAUGUAUAAUAAUACCCUAGAGAAAAAAAAGCGGCGAUGGACUACCAUAGAUAAACGUUUUUGCUGUGCCGGGCCGGCCAGCUGGUAGUCUCGCAAGACAUUGCCGAAACAGACAAACGGACAGACGAACAGACUUGAGCGCAGUUAGUUAGUUGGUCUGUCUGGUG